AUGCCAGACGAUUUCUAUGACAGCUUCAUCCGGUACGGAACCGACCUCGGCUCGGACUGUGCGAAGGAAUCAGGUGGAGAGCUCGAUGCUGGGCCGCACAUGUCCACGGCCACCACUGCCAGGGACAUGCUCAGCAUUGUCGACGCCUUCGCAUCGACAGAGAACGGUCAGAGAUCCUCGAAGCCCAGCAAUCUCCUGAACUAUUACGGAAUCAGCUACGGGACGUUCCUCGGGCAGACGUUUGCUUCGAUGUUUCCUGACAGAGUGGGCAACAUGGUUCUGGAUGGUGUCGUCGAUCCGGAGGACUACCUCAACAGUCUAACCCGCAACAGUGUCGACCGUCUCGAUGGCGUUAUCGCUGGCUUCUUCAUCUACUGUCAUCAAGCUGGACCGUCAGAGUGUUCCUAUCACACAGGCUCCUCGGCCAAAGACAUCUACAAGCGUUUUCAUCGAUCGUUCGCCCGGCUUGACGCUGAGAAAGCCAAGGAAGAGAACUGGCCGAACGCCACAGACAUCGAGUCAGCACUGCUCAAUUUGAAAGUCGGGCUCCUAGCGACGGCAUAUGCACCAAGCAUGCAAUUCAGCAUGCUGUCCGAUGUACUGCUGGGCCUCGAGCGUGCACUCUCUGAUCAAAAUUUGAGGAAAUGGACCGAGGGCAUGGUGGAUCUCUACGGAGAUCCUUCCCCCGAUGGAUUUUUGAAUGCACCUUUUGCUCUCGGCGUGUUGUGUUCUGACCAGAACAACAAAUGGUACAACAAGACGUUGGAGGAUUUCAGGCCUCUCUUGGCCGAGCUUGAGGGCCAAAGCAUCCUCGGGGAUGUCUGGAUCAAGACUCUGUUGGGAUGUAGUGGCUGGUCUAUCAAGGCUACGGAAAUAUUCACAGGGCCAUUCAGUGGCGACACCGCGACUCCUAUCCUCUUCGUCGGCAACACCUACGAUCCGGUGACCCCUUCUGAUAAUGCGCUUUCCUCGGCUCAAAACUACAAGGAUGCCCAAGUGCUCAUCAUUGAUGGGUUUGGCCACGCCACAAAUCCUACGCAGAAUCUCUGCGGCUUCUCAAAAAUCGCCAAGUACUUCCAGACCGGCGAGAUGCCCGGCAAUUAUUCGUUCUGCACAUUCGAAGGAGGCUCAUUCGGCAUCUUGUUGAAUGGGACACUGGAGGAGAACAUCUUCCAAGCCGGGUUAUCGAACCUUCUGACUUGA